UCUUACAAUACUUUAUACUCAUGCACACAUCAAGGCAACGAAGCACUUGUGGUUGUCGAGGUCUUUGCAAUUCAAGCUGUCAUCGCAAUGGUCCCCCAUAAGCUCCCCAACAACCCAGAACUUCAUUUUUUCCUCGUUGAAAAACCUGGUCUUGAUGUUGCUCAAUUCGCAGGCCAUGUUGAUGAGGACGAG